AUGAGUUUCAGAGAUGAUUAUGGCACCAAAAUCACAGAGCUAGUUCUGUCAGAAUAUGAAAAGUUGUCUGCUAAGGGUAGACCAGUUACUCGAAGUAAUGGUGCUAAAGAAGGGACUAUAGUUGCUGCAGUGAUAGCCUCUGAUACAAGAACUGAUAAACAUAGUAUACUUACUAUAACCACCGGGGUAAAAUCUACUCCUAAUGAUGAAUUAGCAAGGAGUAAAGGCAAAAUUUUACAUGAUUGCCACGCAGAGAUAUUGGCCUUGCGUGGUUUCAAUAGAUUGCUAUUGGAACAUAUUAAGAGAAGCAUGGAAGGUAUAGAAUCAAACCUUAUCCACAAUACACCUAACGGCUUUGAGUGGAAUAAUGAACUUGAAUUAACAUUAUUCAUAUCAAAAUUACCGUGUGGGGAAUUGAGUAUGAGCUUAUUAGAGGAAAUGAAAUGUGAAGAUGAAAACUCAUUGACUUUUGAAGAAGAUGAUAAUCAGCAGUAUAUCACUCCAGAGAUUAAAACUAUUCUAAGAGGGAGAUGCAAUUUCAAUAAAAGAAACUAUGUGAGAACGAAACCGGGCCGUAUAGACUCAAAAGCAACAUACUCAAAGUCAUGUUCUGAUAAGUUAUAUAUACGGCAUAAAACUUCAGUACUGAAUUCUCUUACAAGCUAUAUGAUGCCAACUCCACUGUAUAUUAGUAAUUAUGUUAUCCCUAAUAUUAACUCCCAUCAAAUAGAGGAGAUGAAUCUCUAUUUUAAUCGUCCUAUGGAUCUUCACUCCUCGGCAAGGCGGCUAUACAUACAUACUUCCCACUACAAAUUUGGUGAUGAUCUCUCCCCGGAGACCCCGCCAUCAUCGAUGAGUGCACUUAAGAUAUUAUUUAAUGAUAAUGAUAUUCAAGAGGAACAAAUCCUAAAUGGGGUAAAGAAUGGUUACUAUACCAAGGCAUCAAAGCCGCUCAGGAAAAAUUGUGAAUCGAAAGUAAGUCGAUAUUCCCUGUGGUCACUUUUUAUAACAAUGCAUCGAGAGUUCAAGGAUCUAACGUAUCUUGAAUUCAAAAGGCGAUACUGUGCCGAGAGAGCAGAGCUUAUCAGAUCCAUCAAGAGUAGUUUAUCAAGUGAUGGAUGGCUAUCAACUGCGGAAGAUGAUUGCCAACUACCCUAA